AUGCGAUUGGGGGAGCUGUUGCUUGGGGCACCACAGCUGCCGGUCUCUCCUGUGUCCAUCAAGGACGUCAUCUUCAAUCAUCCAGGUGAUGCGCUGAAGGGGUUGGGGCAUGCGCUCUUGGGCUGGGCGGUCUGUUUCCCCUUGUCAACAUGGGUCACGGCGCUCAUCCUGCAGCCGAUCUUUGGCAUCCUGCAAAAAAGGGUGGAAAGGAGGAGGACAGAUGCAUUCGAGGUACUGCUGGAGGAGGAUGCCUGCUCAGUGUCUAGCGGAUGCGACGAGCGCAGCAUUCGUAGGAGUGGUUCCAUGUCGCCAGGGCCGCCCAUGCGAGGGCGCUCGGCGCGGGGACACUCUGCAGAGGACUCCAUAGUGUAG